CCGAAAUCGAUCGCGUUCUGAAGAAGGUUGCCGAAGGAGUUGAAACCUUUGAAGGAAUUUUUGAUAAAAUUCAAGCAACUACUAAUUCUAAUCAAAAGGAAAAAUUGGAGCAAGAUCUGAAAAAGGAAAUUAAGAAACUUCAAAGGCAUCGAGAUCAGAUAAAAACAUGGAUAUCUUCAAAUGACAUCAAGGAUAAGCGUGCAUUGAUUGAAAACCGGCGUAAAAUCGAACAG